GAAAAAACCGCCUUGACAUGAUGUCGCUAUUAUAUGAGGAUAUUGUGAAGUUCGUCGCAAAUAACCUUAAAUGCUCGAUAUGUAUGGAGAUUUUCACAAAGCCGGUUACACUAGUUUGUGGGCAUAACUAUUGUCAGAAGUGCAUCAAUGCAUGUUGGGCAAAGAGCAGCGCAAGGAGAGAUUGUCCGCAUUGCCGGGCAGAUGUAAGCAGUAGUAAACUAGAGAUGAAUUUCACUCUGUGUGACAUACUGGAAUUACAGGACCUUGGUGGUCGCGAGAAAUGGGAGCAAAUUCUGGCAGAAACAGAUCAAGCAGAUCAAACGCAACACGCUCGGACAACUGUUACAAAAGUGGAUAUUUUAAUGAAACGUCUGGAUUGGUUAAAAGCUGAGAUCAAAAAGACGGAAGAUACACUUUCAGCUGAGCUAAGUUCAAAUCAGGCUUGUGAGGUUGGCAUUUGUGAUUCCUCGAUUGUUCAGAUGGAUGUUUCCAGUUCGUCUUUAGACAGUGAUGCUUCAAGUUGUUAUGCUGGCAGAAGUGUUAGUCUGACAUCAGGGGAUCUACCUUCUCAGUCUGAAGAGGAGAGUUCACAGGAGUUUGUAGAGGAGGCUCCAGAGAAUUCAGAAUCUCUGUUUGAGGAUGCUCAUCUCACUCCCAGUGCAGGAGCACAGCAGCGCAACAGAGACAGUGCUGAGGCUGGUCUUCAUGCAGAGUUCGUUGAGCUUUCUUUUUCUCCCCAGCUGGGAAACAAGCGGCUGGUUUUUCACACAGAGAGCCGCAGAGUAGAAACACAACCAGGGAACCAAGCAAGAACAUCACACGGGCGUUUUGAUGCCUGUCAGUGGAUGGCAGAGCAGGAAUUCAGAGGAGGGUGGGUUUACUGGGACGUGGACACCACAUUCAGCACUGGAUGGGCUGUUGGUGUGGCAAAUCCCAGUCUGAAGCGUAGCGAACGGUUGGGAAGAACUCCUUCAUCUUGGUGUUUGGAGUGGAGCAGUGGGCAACUGAGUGCUUGGCACAAUAAUAUAAAAACUUCUGUUAAGCAUAGCAUCCCUAAUGGGAUCAGAGUCAUUCUGGACAUGCCAAAAGGGCAGUUGUCCUUUCAGAGUCUGCGUGAUAGCCUGCUUGAAUUACACAGUUUCCAGGUGGAUUCCUCUGGCCCUUUCAUACCUGUCUUCUGGCUUUAUGGACUGUCACACAAUGCCUUAACCUUUCCUAGACAUUGAGUUCAGGAUAACAGAGAUCUGUAGCAUUUACACUUUAUACUUUAUACGCUCCAUUUUGUUUACAGAAUAUGUAUUCUAUUACUAUUACUAUAUAAAGUAAUCUUGUAUUUUAUUUUUAUUUUUUUAAUUACAUAUCUGUGUAAUCUCAUUUGGCUUUCUGGUAUUUAACCAUUUAGCCACACAUCCAUAAUUAUUCUAGGACUAAAGCAUGUCCCGUUUUUGCUAUCCUGUUUAUUUCUACAAUUUUGGAUUGCGAUACAGCUAAUAUUGUUGGCUCCUUUAUGAUGUUUUCUUUUUGUUCAUUGUAUUUUGGGCACUUUAGAUAAAAGUUAAAGUAUACAUGUAUAAAUGACUGUAAAUUGUUCUGCUGAUUGCUGUAAUAUACUGUAAUCUUAAUGGUACG